GCCGUGUCUGGACAAGACCACACGAACAUCCUCAUCAUCAUGGCACUGCAAGAAGUCACCGCGUCGUUUUUGCGUCGACUACGACUUGCUGAACGGCCAUUGACCAGCGCCUGGGCUGCACAAUGUCGGCGAUACGCGUCCACGGACUCGUCUGAUGCAUCCACCUUUGCCCAGGAGCUUGAAACAACAGAAUUCCAGUCGACACCCGCCGAUGCUGCAGAGAAGAGAAUACCGGAGUACAACCCGCUGCAGAGAUCGCGACGGAGAAGGGCGCAGUUGCCAGCCAGCAGAUAUCAAUUCCGCCCGCCUAGAUACUUCCGCGGUCCUUUGCACCCUCAUCAGCCUCCCAAGGGCUCCGAUCCUGCAUCGCGCGAAUAUGUCCCAGGCCCAUUCUCUCUUCCACGUCUCGAACAGACUUACCACGAUACAUUCAAAUCCGAUCUGAUGACCCUGGCCUAUGCGCAUUUUCCACCUGGCACAGAACCUCACAAGAAAGGAGCGCGCUUAAGAGAAUGGGUCGGAGACUCGCCAUACUUCAAGAAUAGACCUCUGCGAGGGCCUCGUGGAGGAGAUGUGCUCAAGCUUCUGCGCAAGCCCAUGACAUUUAGGAAUGUGCCUCAGCUGGAGCGCGUGACAGUGCAUGCCUUCAUGAAGCAAGCAGCGGAGGAUAGCGCCUAUCUUCACGUGGCGGGUAUGGUCUUGCAAGCCAUGACUAAUGUCCGCGUGCAAGUUCAUGAGGUUCAGCAGAGUGUCGCCGGGUUCGGCAUCCGAGCAGGACAACACCUCAGUGUCACCGCGGAACUUAGAGGAGAGGACAUGUAUCACUUCAUGAGCAAGGUGAUUGAUGUCGUCAUGCCAAAGAUCAAGGACUGGCGCGGCGUGAAGGGCAGCGCUGGAGACAGUAGUGGCAACAUUGCGUUCGGCCUUGACCCGGAACACGUUGCUUUGUUUCCUGAGAUCGAAGUCAAUUAUGAUGCGUACCCGCCGAAGAUGAUCCCUGGACUUCACGUUAUCGUACACACUUCUGCAACGAACGACAUGGACGCGCGAAUGUUAUUGAGCUCCAUCGGCAUUCCAUUCUACGGCAAGCUCAUCAAUUGAGAAACAGCAUCUGAAUCAAGCUGUCUCAAACGCCAAGGAAACCAGACUCAUCGCAAUGAUCAUAACCUGCUCUUGGACUGGGAUGAAGAGUCCUCCUGCAUCCCUUCGAAGCACAUGCACCCCCACGCGAUGCUGGGACCCAUUGAGCUGAUUCCUGCUGCAAAGUCAAUGCAGUCAUUCAUGGUCAUUGAGGGUCCUACAAGCUACUGCCACAGCGUUGCAGCAAGGCCCGACCUCUCGCUCUCCCACGGCUUUCAAUCAGAGCUCUAGCUGCAAGCAAUGCACGCAGCUAUAGCUGAUAGUGGAGUUGGUUCGCUUUGUGGAGCGCGAGUCAGAGAACUAAGUUCCAUCCCACGAACUUUAGUCCCGAGGACAGCCCGCUCACGCGCCUUCUCCACAUACAAGCAAACUCACACAAUCGUCAGACACCAGCCCUGCACAACGAUUAUUCCCUCUCGUCUGUCGCGCCUGAUGAUCUAUUUGAGUGCGUCACCUUCAAUUCUGCCUAGCAUCCUUUGGGCAGGAUCAGCUCGGCCGAAGUGGUUGCCACACCACACGGGCUCGGAGUAUCCAUGGACGUCCUGACAUAACCGUGCACGAGAUGCAAGGCAUCGAUAACGGACAAUCUCCGCAGGAUCAGAUUAGAUCGCAUAAGAAGCGCAGCUGUCCCUGUCGACGGCGCAGCCACUGUAUCAACAUCACCUGUAUAAAACUCGUUGCUCCUGCUCCUACUAGGCAGACAUAUUUCCAUUCCAUUUGAUUUUUCAUCCCGACCUGCAACUCCCGUGCAGCUUGCUGAGCAUCAUCUUUGUCGAUUGCAAAUUCCAGCCGUCACCAUUAAACAUGGCUACCUAUGAACUCACUGUCCAUCAACUCCUCGCCCGACUCGCGCUUGACGAGAACGACCAGCACACUCAGCAAAGCCAUCACCAGCGGCCCACA